AGUAUAUUCUGGAAAAAAUGCAGUUGAAGCUUGCGGGAUGGAAGCAAAACCUUUUGAGUAUGGCCGGUAGAAGAACUUUGAUUCAAGCUGUGACAUCUUCGAUACCCAUCUACACCAUGCAAACGGUCCUCCUACCAAGCAGUAUUUGUUCAGAAAUCGACACCUUAAACCGUAAGUUUCUCUGGGCUGUCGAUAUGCAAUCAAACAAACCACAUCUUGUUAAUUGGAAUGAUGUGUGCUUGCCUAAGAAAUAUGGAGGCAUGGGAUUGAAGUCUGCAAGAGACUACAACAAAGCUUUGAUUGCAAAGUUGGGUUGGCACAUGCUUUCUGGAAGCAACAAACUAUGGUGCCAGGCUUUCACCUAUAAAUAUCUCCAUUCAAAUAGCUUCUUGAACUGCAACCCCACCCCAUCUUCCUCUGUCACCUGGCGAAGUAUUUUGAAAUGCAGGGACAUGCUCCGCUUAGGCAUACAAUGGCGAGUCGGCUCUGGUACGCAAAUCCAACUAUGGCAUGAUGUUUGGGCAGGAAAUUCGAAGCUCCUUGACGUUGCAUUAUCUCCAAUUCCUCAUCAUCUCCUUGACUUACCAGUGGCUGCUAUCAUCAACAAUUCAAAAUGGGAUUUGGAGCAAUUGACAGGACUCCUCCCAGACCACAUACUUCAGACUAUUGCAGCUAUCCCUCUACCUAUUGCAGGCCAUCUAGAAGAUUCUAUCUACUGGUAUAAUUCAUCCCAAGGUGACUUUUCAGUAAAAUCUGUCAUCCAACUCCUCCAGCAAUCACGCUUACUUGACAUCCCUGAAGUAGGAGAAUGGGCAUGGAUAUGGCAAUUAUGUUGCCCAGAACGAGUUAAGCUUUUUGUGUGGUUAUUGAAAAAAGAAAGAAUUCUUACGAACUCAGUCCGUUUUGCUAGACAUAUGGCUCCUACUCCAGUCUGCCCCCGUUGCGAGCAGUCACCUGAAACCCCAUUGCACCUCCUACGAGAUUGCUACUACUCACGGCUUGUUUGGGAUGCUACUAACUCUCUACUUGGAGAUUUCUUCCAGCUUGAUUUUGCCCCUUGGUUGAGGAAAAAUUCUUCAAAAUCAAGAAUGGGACCACGUGCUUCCGACUCAUGGUCGAGUAUUUUCCUUGCGACCAUCUGGUAUUUAUGGAAAAGUAGGAACAAACUGAUAUUUGAGGAGCAAAGGGUCUCACCACUAGCUAUCGUCCAGCAAGCUAGCAAAUUAGCUUGGGAAAUCCAACUGGCGUUUGCGGCAAAGGCGACCCUCAUCUCAAAAGCCCCUAGAUGGGUCAGUUGGAGCCCCCCUCCCCAGCACUUCUUUAAACUUAAUACCGAUGGAUCACAUGACCAUAGCUCGGGCAAAGCCACUGCGGGAGGGCUUCUUCGCGAUCACCUUGGGCACUGGUAUCAUGGUUUUGCCACAAAUGUGGGUAUCACUACAAGCUUCUUGGCUGAGUUAUGGGGAUGCAGAGAAGGCCUUAAGCUUGCUAUUUCCCUUGGAGUGCAGCAACUAAUUUUGGAAAUGGAUUCCUUAUUGGCAGUCCAACAAAUCCAAUCCCGGAAGGUGUCUGCAGGUGCAGCAUCAGUUCUUCUUAAUGAUAUAUGCUUGCUACUUGACUCCUUUAGCUCUUGCUUGGUGCAGCACACUCUAAGGGAAGGUAACUAUGCUGCUGAUUUUAUGGCGUCUAUUGGGCAUACAAUCGAUUUGGGUACAACCUUCUUCCCAACACCCCCAACGGGUGUUUCACCAUAUUUUGGGUGCAUUGUGGGACGAGUGGCAAACAGAAUUAAAGAUGGGAAGUUCACUCUUAAUGGGGUGGAGUACCCCUUGCCCAUCAACAAGCCCCCAAACAGCCUCCACGGUGGACACAAGGGCUUUGACAAGAAGUUUUGGGAGGUAGCAGAAUAUAAGAAUGGUGAAAACCCAUCCAUUACUUUCAAAUAUCACAGUUCUGAUGGUGAGGAAGGUUACCCGGGAGAUCUCUCUGUGACUGCAACUUACACUCUUGUCUCUAGCACAACAAUGAGACUUGACAUGGAAGCAGUGCCUAAGAACAAGGCAACACCUGUUAGCUUAGCUCAGCACACCUACUGGAACUUGGCAGGCCACAACUCAGGAAGCAUACUGGACCAUUCAAUUCAGAUUUGGGGUUUGCACGUCACUCCUGUGGAUCAGUAUACGGUCCCAACGGGUGAAAUCAUGCCAGUUAAAGGCACUCCUUUCGACUUCAUCUCAGAAAAGAGGAUUGGUACAUCAAUACAUGAGGUUGGCUUAGGGUAUGACCAUAACUACGUUAUUGACUGUGGGGAAGAAAAGUCAGGGUUAAAACAUGCUGCAAAACUGAAGGACCCAUCAAGCUCGAGAGUCCUUAACUUGUGGACCAAUGCCCCAGGGAUGCAGUUUUACACUGGUCACUAUGUUGAUGGAGUUGUUGGAAAAGGAGGUGUUGUUUAUGGAAAGCAUGCAGGCCUAUGCUUGGAGACGCAGGGCUUCCCAAAUGCCAUAAACCAAUCAAACUUCCCUUCAAUUGUUGUUCAGCCUGGUGAGAAGUACAGCCAUACCAUGUUGUUCGAGUUUUCGGUAGAGUAAGUUUCUUUUGAGGGUGUGUGGUAGAAUAAGGUUUGCUUUCUGUACUGCAUGUUUAAUUAGAAGUAUUGUCAAUAAUAAUGUUGAGAGACUUGUGUGCAGAGGCUGAUUACUAAUAAAGGGAACUGUUUAUG